CGAAAGAUAAAAAGUGUAUUUUUCAGUUUUAAAUAUAUAUAAAAAUAUUGUUGAUCUUUGAGGCAAACAAAAACACAAUCAACAACACGAAACACAAGAGUCAGAAUGUAUUUGUUACACAAACGCAGGUACAUACAUUACCAAGUGUCACUGAUAGUAACAAAGACUACUAACUUAUUAAACUUUUCCCAUGACAAUUGUUCUACCAACGUCACUGAUAGUGACAUACACGUAUAAUGUUUCCACCAGUUUAUCUAGCGCUCAAAUUAGUAAUAAAAACCACUAAAAACUGGUUUGGGCCUGUGGUCAAAACCCACUAAAAAGGGAAUAACAGAACUACUAAUAGCUUUUCCAUAAAAUGGGCUUGGGCUUGGGCUUCACUAAAACAUAUCUCUUACUACUCACUAUCUCAAUGUCAUCGUCGGAUCACAGUGACUCGCUGCUGGCUUUGGACUGUGUCGUUCCGACCAGAGGAUCUCUGUCUCUCAGUGACUUACACUAAGAUGGAGGAAGGCACUUCUUCUGGUUCACGGAGGACACGGUCCCAAGUUGCUCCGGACUGGACUCUCAAAGACUGUCUGAUCCUCGUCAACGAGAUCGCUGCCGUUGAAUCAGACUGCUCCAACGCUUUAUCCAGCUUCCAGAAAUGGACAAUGAUCUCAGACAACUGUAACGCUUUGGAUGUACACAGAAAUUUUAACCAGUGCAGGAGGAAAUGGGAUUCGUUGGUCUCUGAUUACAGCCAGAUCAUGAAGUGGGAGUCUCAGGAACGAGGCAGGGUCCAUUCUUAUUGGUCACUGAGUGUUGAGAAGAGGAGGAAACUGAAUCUCCCCGGGAAUGUAGAUAACGAGGUUUUUCAAGCCAUCAAUGCGGUUGUGAUGAUCCAAGAGAACAAAGAUGGGAGUGAACCUGAUUCUGAUAGUGACCCGGAAGCUCAAGAAGACUUUGACGUUGUUGAUGUCACUGCUGAGUUAGGAUCAAAAAGGUCAAGACAGCGAACUAUGGUCGUCAUGAAGGAGAACCCGCCACAUAAGAGAAAGACAGAAGAGGAGCGACGGAGGAAAAACAUUCAAGAGCAACGUGCAAAAGCAACCCAUCAGAAGAAUAAAACCAUGGAAGUGAAGAAGAAGCCGGUGGUAGAAAUUUCCACUGAUGUAGAAGAAGAAGAAGAAGAAGAAGAAGAAGAAGAAGAAGAAGAAGAAGAAGAAGAGGAAGAAACGAUGAGCAUAGAAGAAGAGAUUAAAGCGUUGGAAGCAAAGCUAGGUGAGAAAGCUGACAUGAUACAUGCAAUAGUCGGGAGAAAUCUAGCAAAGGGAAGUGAAACAGAGGAUGAUGUUGGCAUUGAGGACAAGUUAAAGUUUGUGAAACAGCAAGGAGACGAGCUCAUCGCUUGUCUGAGUGAGAUUGUUAAUACACUUGAUAGACUCCGUGAAGUUCCACAAGAAAUCUGAGUGAUGAUUUUCCAAGCUGAUAAACUUUCAGUUGUAAAUGUUUGGAGUUAUCUAGUUGUGUAGUGUUUCGUAAGAGACUAGCUGUAUGUGUGUAUAUGUAUUUUUUCAAAAAUUAAAAAGUUAAAAGAUUUUUGUAAUUUUAGUAAAGAUGAAGAUUUGUUGAUGUUCUGAAAU